AUGACUCGAAUGGACAAUUCAAGCGGCAGUGUUAAAAGUUUUGAUUUGGAGAAAGCUGAACAGCAAAAAGUAAUUAGACAAGCCCAACCUGUGAAAUCGCACGCCGUGGGGAUAAUCUGUUUGCAGAGUACACAACGUGCGGAGUUCCUAUUGUGCAAGGAAUUAUGCGGCAGAGAAGCUAGUGGCGAGCCUGGGCGCGGAGAGUUCGGCAGUUGUGACUCGCCCCGCCCCGCCGCCUCGACCAGACGUUCCCCGCCGCCGGUUCAGCCAGCUCGCCACCGCCACCGCCCCCGGGGCCACCGCCGCGGCCGUCGCCAGCCCCCUGGCCGCCACCCCCGCCACGCUGUAAGAUGGUGCGGGUGCAGUCGGGGUCGGAGACGGAGACGGGCUACAUGAGCGACAGCGGGAUGAGCGCGCCCGACGAGCCCACCACCAUCUUCCCGCCCACGUACAUGGUGCUGGUGUGCUCGCGCACCAUCAGCAACGAGGCCUUCAUGUGGCUGCUGGACAAGGUGCGCGGCAAGCGGCGCGACGGCGGCGCCGAGCUGCUGGUGCGCCGCCAGCCGCACAAGCCCGGGGAGGGCGUGACGCUACACGUGUCGGCGUCCAAGAUCAAGUUCCUGGAGGUGGCGGAGGAGCUGGAGCUGAAGAAGCGCGACCGCGAGGGGCUGGUGCGCGAGUUCGCCGUGAGCCAGCUGGAGGAGUUCCUGGCCGAGGGCAUGCACGUGGACGACCUGCUGACGACGGCCGAGCGCCAGCACAUCGUGCGCCACGAGCUGGAGAACAUCCGCGCGCUCGCCGAGGACGACCACGUGCCGGGCCACGACGGCCUGGGCCUCUACGAGGGCCAGUCCAUCGUUCAGGCGUGCCUUCACUGGGAGCUGCUGGAGCAGAUGUUCCCCCUGCACGACUCGGAGACGCUGGAUAACUUCGGCCGCAAGUGGUACUGGGCUCUGUUCCGAAGACAGCCCAUUGAGGAGAUUCGCCUGUACUUCGGCGAGGCGAUCGCGCUGUACUUUUCCUUCCUGGGCUUCUACACGUCGGCGCUGGUCGUGCCCAUGAUCCUGGGCUUCUUCCAGCUCUUCAUGUCCACCGGCACCGUCGCCUUCUUCUGCAUGUUCAACGUCCUCUGGGUCACCGUCUUCCUCGAGGUGUGGAAGCGCAAGUGCAGCGAGUUGGCCUUCAGCUGGGGCACCAUCGGCAUGACCAGCCUGGACGACGACCCGCGGCCCAACUUCCACGGCCACAUGGCGGUGGACCCGGUCACCGGCCGCUUCCAGCCGCAGUUCCCGCGCUGGAAGACCAACGCGCGGCUGUACUUCGUGUCGCUGCCCAUCGUGCUGCUGUGCAUGACGGGCGCCUUCUUCGUGAUGCUGGCCUCCUUCUGGGCCGAGGAGUACCUGGUGCAGGUGCGGCGCACGACCGGCCUGCGCGCCGGCGCGGUGCUCGUGCUCACGCCCAGCAUCGUCUACACGGCGCUCGUCUUCGUCAUGAACCUCUACUACCGCCGCCUCGCCACGCGCCUCACCGAGUGGGAAAAUCACCGCACACAAACGCAGUUCGACAGACAUCGAGUCACCAAGCUCGUUCUUUUCGAGUUUGUUAAUAACUUCAUGUCGCUCUUCUACAUAGCAUUUUACAUUCAAGACAUGGACAUGCUGAAAUACCAACUAGCCAUCAUGUUGAUUGUGCUUCAAGCUAUCCAGAAUUUCCAAGAAGCUUUAUUACCUCUGCUUAUCAAGUAUUACGGUAACGUGGGAUAAUCCUGCCUUCCGGGGCUAUGUAAUCGCUGGAGGGCUACGCUUUGGUGGAGGGCGAAGGCCGCAGGGCAGAGUGUGCAUCGGAAGGGCUCGCGCAGGACCACUCGGACGACAAGAAGCUGCGCGAGGAGGCGGGUCGUCUGAAGCGGCGGGCGCGCGCGCAGGUGGCCAAGUACCUGAGCUACCUCACCUUCGAGCAGCUGUUGGGCUUCGAGGGGGGCGUGGCCGGGGUGGAGGCCGCGGCGCCGCUGCUCAAGCGCCAGGAGCCCGAGCGGCGCUCGCCCGAGCAGGAGGAGGCCCUGGACGCGCUGCUGGCCGGCGUUCCGGCGCUCGACGCGGACGACCCGCGCAUCGAGCCCGCGCUGCGCGAGGGCGACAUGGAGCGAUACGAGGGCACAUACGACGACUACCUCGAGAUGUUCGUGCAGUUCGGCUACGUGUUCCUGUUCUCCUCGGUGUACCCCAUGGCCGCGUUCUGGGCCGUGGUGAACAACGUGCUGGAGAUCCGUUGCGACGCCUUCAAGCUGUGCCGCGUCUUCCAACGGCCCAUGGCGAAGCGCGUCAAGGACACGGGCGCCUGGCAGCGCGCGUUCGAGGCGCUGGGCGCCAUGUCGGUGAUGACCAACUGCGGGCUGCUGGCCAUCUCGCCCGAGCUGCGCCACCUCAAGCCCGACGUGGGCGCCGUGGAGUGGGUGCUGGUGUUCGUCUUCCUGGAGCACCUGCUGCUGGUGGCGCGCCACAUCCUGCACAAGGCCAUCCCGGAGAAGCCCGAGUGGGUGCGCGUGGCGCUCGCGAAGAUCAACUACCAGUCCAAGCGAGCGCUCAAGAACGAGCGCAUGCUGAAGAGCCGUCGCCAGCUCCUGCAGCGGAAGUACCGCACCAUUCACGGCCCCCACAAGCGCACGCAGUGAGACAGCGGCGGCGCGGCGCCCGCCUCACGUCUCCCCCCCCCCUCAAGCCACGCACCAGCCCGGCGCUCGCCACGCCACGCCACGCCACGCCCUCCUGCGGAAACUCCGGCCAGGUCGCCCCGGGGCGUCUGCCUUCUGGCGCAGGGCCAGCCUUCGUCUGCCUUAGGAAUCCAGGUUGUUCGACCAGUAUUAUCGCUACUGAUGGAAGGUGCUCGGCAGCCUACUGAUAUAACAAACGCACUACCAUAUUCUUGAGAAACGUGUUAUAAAAGGUGGCUCAGAAUUAAUGUUGCAAAUUUUUGGGGCAUGUAGGGAGUCGAAGAUGAUCACUUUUUGCCUCUGAACUUUUGAUGGAAAAUCUUGCAAUAUGAAGUUUCACGCAUGCAAUUUUGAAACUCACGCUACCCCACCCCCCAUUGAUAGACAACCAUCCUGUGCGAGUGUUUCGUAUGUACACGUUGUAAGUCAGACAUUUCGUGUGCCUACAAAGCACGGUGAGUUACCUACUAGCCAUAGACACGAAGUUCAAAAGUGUAUGUACAUGAAAUUCCUUUUUGUAAUUUCCCACAACAGGUCCAAAAAAGUGAUCAUUUUAGAUCCCUGUACUUGCCCGGUUUAUAACUUCUAUUCUGAACCAUGCUCUAUGACGUAUUUCAGGAGAUCAAUUUGAAUGUAUUUACUUUUUUCCAAAUUUUUAAGAUUUACAAUUUCCUACUCUUAUAAUCUUAAAAUAUAAGACAUUCAAUCAUUCUUUUGGUGGUCACCUUUUGCGUGAGAAUUGUAUAUAAGCAAACCUUUGUAUUAUUAUUCAUUAUUCUUCCGUACUGACAUGAAAUGCUCAUAACUCUGUAAAAGAUGCUUCCAAAUAUCGAAUGAUUGCAUUAUUUCGACGUCGAUUUGUACCAGAAGUAUCGGCAGUGUGAUAUUUCCUGGUGAACUUUUCUCUUGUUUAUACUUGUACUUAAUUUUGGGUGACUAUGGAUUCCAACAAAAGUCGUUUCUACGCCAGAUACAGAUAAAUGCGAAUGAUGAUGAAUAUUGCCUAGUGGCUAUUUAUUUUUUACAGUUUUUUUAUAGAAAGAAUUGCUUUAUUUUGUACAAAGAUAUUACUGGCGAGUACUUAUGAUAUUUUUUCCUGAAUAAACUUAAUAGGAUCUGAAAUAAUUCAGGGAGAGCCAUUGACCAUUCGGAAGCGACAACCUACUUGUGGAAUCCAUGAAAAAAUUGUGCUUCCUUGUAGAUAAUUUUAUGUUCUUAUAUAGAUAAGCGUUACAUUAUUGCGUUCUGGUCAGUUAAUUACUUGGAGACACGAGAACAAACUGCGUUUUUUCAAUGCAGCUCUGUAUGUAUCAUAUUUGACAGUCAUAGUAAUAAAUUAUAUCACAACUGGAUGAAAAACAAGGUGCUGUAUCUCAGGAGUAAGGUAGAUAAAAUUAUUUAAAUGUAAAAGAAGUAUUUUGUUUUUCUUCCAGUUGUGAAUUUUAUUUUAUUUUUUGCAAUUUAAUUUCCAG